UUUUUUUAUAAAAAGAAAACGAAAUAUCAGUUUUUUUACUUCUCUCCCUUCUCUCCUAUUUAUUUUCCCACUCAUACUUUUAACAACAAAAAGGUUUUUUUAUUCAUCGCAUAUCAUCCAUGGAGUCACUACUAAAAUGGGCUAUUCUCAACUCAGCAACGGCCAACGAAGACGCCCCCACGCGUGAUCCAUCGCAACCCGCCCCCAAGCAGCAAAAACUCGACCCCGAGAUCAUCGAUAUGAUCCUAGGCAAACCAGCCUCAGUCCAAAUGACCGAAUGCCUCGAUGCCACUGAGCACACCUCCACGCCCCUCCCCGCACGCAUAAUCGCCCUAGACGAUCUCGAAAUGCUCGUGGAAAACAUCGACAACGCCGGAAACCUUGGCCCGCUACAACUCUGGCCACGCCUCAUUAAACUCUACAAUGAUCCGGAGGCCGAAAUCCGCUCCCACGCACUCUGGGUCAGCGGCACCGCGGUGCAGCAUAACCCGAGUGCCCAGAAGGUGUUUCCAGGAUUGGCAGCAGCGUUGGAGCUUUUGCGCGCGGAUUCUGAUAUGGGUGUUCGCGCGAAGGCGCUUUAUUGCGUGUCGUCGUUUGUAAGGGCAAAUGUCGCUGGGCUGACAAAGUUUGUGGCGCUGAAUGGGCUGGAGGCGGUUUUGGGCGCAGUGCAGGUGGGCGAUGUGGCGCUGGCGCAGAAGGGAUUCUUUUUGCUGCGUGCGUUGAUUGAUGAGGCGAUGGAUGAGGAGACGCCGAGGAGCUGAGGCCUGGACAAAUGCUCGUCGACGCGGUGCUGGAGCUGGGCGCAGUGGAGGUUGCUGCCAGGCAAUCGCACAGUGGGAUCCCUGGCGGUGUUGAGCCAGGCGCUCGGGUUUGUGCGCGCAUUGGCGGAGGCUACGUUGGCGGCAAGGGAGGCGGUUGCUGGGAACGCGGAGCUGAGAAGCGC